AUGAGGAAUGAGGAUGAAGAUGAAGAUGAGGAUGAGGAUGAGGAUGAGGAUGACCAUGUGGCUGAGGAUGUGGAUGCUGAUGAAGAUGAGGAUGACCAUAGCAACCCUCAUUUCUUCAAAAAGGAUAAUGGCCUUGAUGUUGACAUGGGUGAGAACGCAGGUUUGGGUGACCCUUUGGAAGAAGCCAUGGAUGAAAAUGAAGAUGUUUAUCCUGAGUUGCCAAAUAUUUUCAAUGAAAAGCUGCACUGGAAGGAGCAGGAACCUGUGUUAGAAACAAAAGAUCAUGCAAACAUAAGAGUCAGUGAAUAUGCAAGGGGUGGAGAAGAUGAUGUUAUGGGUGAUGCAGUUGAGCGACAAGCUGAGGAAGUUAUGAGGGUAAACGAAUCUGAGCAAGUGGUGAGGGUUAAUGAAGAUGAGGAACUGGGAAGGAUUAAUCAAGUUGUUGGGCAUGUGUAUACUACAGGUCAACCAAUCAAGAGGAAAAAGUCUGAGAGAAUUCUUAAACUAAAGCUUGCUAAAAGAGUUGAAGGUGAAGGUAGUAGUGUUGGAUCGCCAAUGGAGUUAGAUUAA